UCUCUUGGCGUAGGAACGGAUAUCUAAGCUGCAGAUAAAACCAUGCAUAUUAAAAUCAAACUAUAUUUGGUGUUGGAAAUUCCUAUAUUGUUGGAAACGAUUGAAUAUGUAUAAACUAAACACUACUAUAAACAAGUGAAAGUGUGAAAGGUUAUUACAGCAAACAGUUGAUACAUCUCUAAAUGCGCACAAAAGCAUUGUGAUAAUAGCCCUUUGAAACACAACUUUAGUCACAACUCGUAGCAAAGUAAGGAUACCGGUUAUGCUGAAAACCUAUACGAUUCAGAAAUGACUACAACGCCAAUAGAAGUUACGACAUUUUUGGGCAUUGCACUUGGUAUUGUGGCUUUGAUAUUGGUCUUGUUUCUGUACAUCAACAAGAUAAGGUGUUUUAGCACGUCUCCGCCUUUUCUCUCAUUCGACGAGCAUCUCAUUUCUGAAAAAACCUUUCAUCGCAUUCGAAACCGUUUUGCCUACGAUGGGCAUAAUAGUUCCGAUUCGGAAGAUGAAACAAUACGACGUCUCAGGCUGGAGCCGUGCACCGACAGUUACAGCAAUACAUCGUAUUUUCAGACGAGUGAAAACACUUUUGAUCAUAUUUCCCAUUUUAACGGCUUGAACAAAAUACUGUCAUGCAAAAAUGCUAACUCUUCACGAGACCCGCUGGCUAUAGCCGAAGGUGGUAAAGUAGGAAUGCUCCAUUCUAGCAACGAAUCCAGUUCUUCCGAGUUUAUGAACCUGGACAGCAGUACUAAACUGUCCACAGAAGCCACAAAAACUCAGUUGUCUUAUUUUGCUUUAACACCAUUCAGCAAAGCUAACGACAAUGACUCUAUAGAUACGAUUAAAGGUGAAAUGCUCCUUCCUGAAUUGACUAAGGAAAGCGAUGAGCGUGCCGUCGGGGUACAUAAAAAAAAUAAUUCAUUUGGUAAUGACAACAAUGCUGUUGAUAAUGAUUUAUUGCUGGAAAAAACAGCAAGAAAAGGAAAUAAUUUUACAGAGACUGGAACAGCUAUAAAGGCACCGUUUAUUUGUGAACAAGAACCGUUGGUACAACAAGACGACUUAGAUGGUGUUAACCGCGUUAACAACGAUUGUAUUCUUGUAUUUUCGCAAGAACCGCUGUACGAUACUAGCGACCUGAAGUCAUUAAAGUCGGAUGUCGAUACUACAACCAAUGUCCCUGAAGGUCUGGUAACCACAGCUAGUUCAAAUGGAAGCUUGGAAAUUUCCCUACUUUACGACGCACCAAUGCGCAAGAUGACCGUUCAUGUGAUGCAAGCUCGAGGAAUUGCAAGCCGCAGUGAAAAAAAUCAAUUAACACACACGCAAGUACGGCUUCUAAUGCUGCCGGCCAAAAGACAGAAGCACAAGACCAAAAUUCGAUCUGGCGAAAAUCCCCAGUUUAUGGAAAGCUUCCUAUUACAUCGAGUGAACCCGGAGGAGGUCAACUCAAUGGGACUUAGGAUACGGGUUUAUGGCUGCGAACGUAUGCGAAGAGAAAGGCUUAUCGGCGAAACCAUCGUCAGCUUCGCACACAUAGAUCUAGAGCUUGAAACUAACUUAUGGCUUCAAUUGGAACCACGUGGCUCUAGCAUAGACACAACAUCGACGAGUGACUUAUUAAGCAUUACUAGAUCUGACAGCGCGGGAUCAACCACUUCAAUGCAGCAUGGCGGUGUUCCAGAACUAUUGCUCGGGUUAGGGUACAACGGUAUAACGGGCAGAUUAACGGUUGAAAUUGUCAAAGGAAGUCAUUUUAGAAACCAUUACCUGUCGAAGGUUCCUGAUACAUACGUAAAGUUGUGCUUGGUUAGCAGCAUGGGACACGAAAUAGCACGCGCUAAAUCAUCGACACGUCGAGGUCAGCCAAAUCCUUUGUUCAAAGAAACGUUCAUUUUUCAGGUGGCUCUAUUUCAGCUGAACGAUGUAACAUUGAUAGUAUCUGUGUACGCAAAGCGGAAUAUGAAGCGCAACGAAAUGGUCGGCUGGUUUAGUAUGGGCCUAAACUCAAGUGGGCCUGAAGAGAUGACUCAUUGGAAUGAAGUUCGAGAAAGUUGUUCGCGAUCUGAGAUGAUAACGAGGUGGCACGUUCUGGUCGAUUCUUGAUUUUAAAUUUGCAUGCAUGAGCCAAAAUAUUGAUAAAUGGUCUCGAGUCACAUCAAAACUAUUGUUAAUUUAAAUAAUUUGAUAAGAAAUGUUGAAGCAGGUAUUACAUUUCUUUCUUGUCUCUAAACGUAGAGUUCAAGUAUUGAUGUACCAUUCCCAGAAAGCACAGUUCUUUUUGGUGGAAAAAUUGUUUAGGAACAUAUAAAUUAAAUUUGAUAAUGAUGGCAACAAAACAUACAAUGCAAAAUAGUACUGAUAAACCCAAAUUGGAUUUUACCCUUUUAAUACAAACACAAAGACAUCCAAAAAAGAAUUUCAAAUGGAUAAUAUGUGACUACUUCCACAA